AGCGCGACGUGAAGCGCAAGCAAGCAGCAGUGCCAGCAUCUUCGAGAACGCGCAGUCGCGCGUCAAUCCUGUCGGGUGGGAGGUGUGAUCAGCUGCGUGCGAACACGAGGGGAACGAGAUGUUCGUCCUGCAGAGAUCUAUAUUAUCGGCCAGUAGCAGAAACUAUGGAGGAUCAUGGACACGUGCGCUGCCACCUUUGCAUAUUGCCGUGAAGGACGUUCAACAAAGAGACAUUCACGAAGUUUCGGGAGAUGUGGUACCAAUAAAUAUGGUAAAGGGUAUCGGUCAUCUCAGAGAUCCUAGACUGAAUAAGGGCCUGGCGUUCACUCUGAAAGAAAGAAUAGCUCUUGGGAUACAUGGAUUGCAGCCACCUAGAUUUAAGACACAGGAGGAACAGCUGGCUCUAUGCAAAGCCUCAGUAAUGAAAUACUCAGAGGAUUUGAAUCGAUAUUUAUAUCUUGUGGAGCUUCAGGAGAGGAACGAAAGAUUAUUUUUUCGCCUGUUAAGCGAAAACAUCGAGCAGAUGAUGCCAAUUGUCUAUACACCUACUGUCGGUUUGGCUUGCCAAAAGUUCGGUGUGAUAUAUCGUAGACCUCGCGGACUUUUCAUUACUAUAUAUGAUAAGGGCCAUAUUUACGAGAUCUUGAAUAAUUGGCCAGAACAAGCUGUGCGGGCAAUCUGCGUAACAGAUGGCGAGCGAAUUUUAGGUCUCGGCGACCUCGGAGCUUGCGGCAUGGGUAUCCCCGUUGGAAAACUAGCGCUCUAUACAGCUCUGGCUGGCAUUAAACCGCAUCAAUGUCUCCCGAUCACUAUUGAUGUAGGCACUAAUAAUGAACAACUAAGAAACGAUCCUCACUACAUUGGUCUUAAUAAGCCUAGAAGCCAAGGUGCUGAGUAUGAUGAAUUAAUCGAUGAAUUUAUGGCUGCCUGCGUGCAAAAGUACGGACAAAACGUUCUUAUUCAAUUUGAAGACUUUGGGAACCACAAUGCCUUCCGUUUCUUAGACAAAUACAGAGAUAAAUAUUGCACAUUCAACGAUGAUAUACAAGGAACAGCUGCGGUUGCAGUGGCUGGAAUUUUAGCGUCACAAAGGAUAACUAAAAAGAGAAUGGGAGAUAAUAAGUUUGUUUUCCUAGGUGCUGGAGAGGCAGCUAUUGGAAUAGCUGAUCUUUGUGUCAAAGCAAUGCAGGUUGACGGUUGCACGCAACAGCAAGCACGCGACAAUAUUUGGAUGAUGGACAUCGACGGGUUACUCGUGAAAAAUCGUCCCGAGGGUAAUUUGGAAGGUCACAAGAUCUGGUAUGCGAAAGACCACAAAGUGAUGAAGACGUUAAUCGAAGUUGUGAAAGAGAUCAAACCUACUGUCCUGAUAGGCGCUGCAGCGGCAACGGGAGCAUUUACUCCCGAAGUUCUAAGAGAAAUGGCGAAAAACAACGAAAGGCCUUUGAUCUUUGCUUUAAGUAAUCCAACUAGUAAGGCUGAAUGCACAGCGCAGCAGGCGUACGAUCACACCGAUGGUAGAUGCGUAUUCUCUUCGGGCUCGCCAUUCGGCGAAGUAACAUAUAAUGGGAAAACGUACAAGCCUGGACAGGGAAAUAACGCAUACAUCUUCCCUGGUAUUGCUUUAGGCGUUAUCGCUACCGGCGUGCAUCACAUCACUGAAGAUUUGUUCUUGAUUUCGGCGCAGACUGUCGCCGAUCACGUGAAAAAUGAGGAUCUCGAAAGGGGUAGCGUGUAUCCACCGUUAAAUAGUAUUCGUGAAUGUUCUAUCGACAUAGCAGUUAAAAUAGCCGAUUAUGCCUACGCCAAAGGUGGUUUGGCAAGCGAAUAUCCAGAGCCGAAAGACAAGCGAAAAUUCAUCAUAAGUAAGAUGUACGACGCCAAUUACGAUAGUCCACUGCCAAAUCUAUACGAAUGGCCGGGUGAUUAUGCUAAACCGCGUAUUUUGCCGGAAAAAGACACAGUAGAAAUCCGUCAUAAUUUAAAACACCUAUAACGGAUUUUAUCAGGCGGAGUAGUCGCAGGCUAUCAUUAUUGUCUUUAAUGAUAAAAAUAUCGACGACUUAUUGUUCUUCGAUUUAUAAUCAAUGUCACUCAUGACAUAUACAAACAGUUGUAAAACAAUUUUAAUCAUAAGAGAAAUUACUUCAUCGAACUAACACUACGGUGUUUUUCAUCAUCACAUUUACAUAAAUCGAAUAACGUGGCGGCAUGAACCGAUUGUUGAUAAUGUUAUUGUAAUAAGCUGUAAUAUUUUAAACAAUGUAAUAUUUUAAUAUCCUUCAUUUAAGUAUCGAUAUUAAAGAUAGCAAUUGCUACUGAAAUAAUAGUUGAAAAUAACUGAAGAAAGUUUGUAUAGUUGCAUUUUAAAAUACAUUGUAUUAUUUUACACAUAUUGAUAUUAGGAAAAUUAUAUCAAGCAAGAUAGUGAUACUCUCGAUAACUCUGUUAUCAAAACUAAUGAAAUUUUAGAACUUUUUUCUGUAAUGAGCUCUAUUAAAAAUUAAUCAUAGGAUAUUCAAUAACACAAUAUGUUUAGGUUUCCUGACUUCUCAUUUACGGAUGAUAAUUACAAGACAUGAAAAAACUUUUAAUCUUUUCCUGUUAUCUCUCCUGAAGAUCUUCAAAGUUACCAUAAUCAUAAAACAAUCGGAGAUGAAUUAAUUUCCGAAGCUUUAAUGAGGACCGACAUCUGCUUUUAGCAUGAACAUUUUAUAUUUCUAUAUAAAUUUUUAUAUUUUACAAUUAUUACAAUAUUUAAAAAAUUUUUUAAUAAAUCAAUCUAAAUCAAGAAAGAUCACUCAAACAUUAGAAUUGCUUUCUUUGACAUCAACGACAGAUUUAAUCCUAAGCAUGAUUUAGGAAAUAAUAUUCGAAAGUAUUUUUUCUAAUAUUUCUAGUAUUUUUAUAAGUCUGAUUACAACUUAAUAAUAAUUCCUGGGUGGGAUUUAAUAAAUUUAUUUCAAAGCUGCAUUAUAAAAAAUUCUCUAAUCUUAUAUCUAGAAUUUUAAAUACAAUUCCUGGAAAAAACCGAAAAAUUCUCUGAGAAUUUUUUUACAAAGUUGAUGAGUACACACCCUGCUUGUGUUUAAAUUGCAACCUAUGCUACAUUAAUAUUUUGCUCUAAAUGUGUCAUAAUUUUAUCGUAGGAGAAUGGCAUGCAAUACAUAAUGUGCAAUAUUAAUGUUUUACAGGCUUCGCAAAAUGCAUCUAUAAUUAUAACUGUUUGAUAAUCAAAUAAGUCUCUAUAAUUUAGACAGCAUGAAUAUUAAAAUAAUAUUUAAAAAACUUUUUUACUUUUACACUUCAAAAUUAAGUUUAUCCAAGCGAUUAAAAACACAUUUUUUUCGAGAACAAUCUGUUUAAAAUAAUAACAAUAAUACUUAAUUUAUUAAAAGUCACUUAAAACAGUAAUAGAUUAUCUAAUCAAGCAAAAUUUUAAUACUUUAAAUAAUACAAUACUUUAAAUGCAUAAUAUAUACCUAAUUUAUUAUACAUUUAAAAUACUUGUCAUAUUGUUUAUAGCAUUAAAAUCUUGCUUAAGAAUCUAUUAUUUUACAAUGUAUUUUAAAAAAUAAUUUUUACCUACGUAUGUAAAGAAUUUAAAAGUGUUAUUACUUAUAUUUACACGUCGCUUAAGUAAACUCAUAGAGCUACCGUUUUGUACAACUAAUUGUGUUCUUCUCCCAACAGAUUAUAAUGCGUUGGCCAGUCUAAUAUCUAAACAUGAGAUGACCACUUUGACACAAAUUUUUCAAUUUAAUUUCUUACAAUUUCUUUGAAAAAAUAAAAAUUGUUAUCGUAGAUAAUCACACAAAUAUUGUACUCUUUAGUAUUAAGAAAUUACAAUUUAUCGAUGUUUGUUGCGUUUAAAUGUACUCGAUAAAUAUGUACUUAUUUAUAUAUUUAAUGUAGUGUGACAAUGUUUAACACUGCAGAAUCGUACUUGAAUAGUAUAGACUUAUUCACUACUCAUUGUCCUCGACAUGGAUUGUCAAAUAUUCCAAUAUAUUACUGAUUAUUUAUUUUUUUUAUAAGAUAAUUGACUUAAACGCAAACUCAUUCCUAUUAUAUAUAUAUAUAUAUAUAUAUACACACACAUACAUACCAUUCUGCAUCACAUGGUAUGCACAGUACAUGAUAGUUAUUUCAUAUUUUGUUAUUUAAUAAAUAGCUACUUCUUGUUAUAUAUAUUUGAUGCGUAAUCCUUCAUUGGAAAUAUCUGUUUCAUGAAUAACAUACGGUAAAUAAAAAUUCACGAAUAUGACAAGAUAAUUUUAAGGAUAUAUCCUGUUUUACAAUUCCUGCAAAAUAAAAAAAUGAAAAUUAUUAAUAUUUAUACUUUAAAUAAACUAUAUAUACAUAUGAAAAGUGUGAAUAAUAUUGUAUUUUUAAUUAACACAUUGUUAUAAUUUAUUUAAAGUAUAAAUAUAAAGGUUCUAUUUAAAAAUUCCGAUUUUUGUCAUUAUUCUUUAAAAAUUAGGAUUUUUAUUAAAAUAUUUUUACUUCUUAUUGAAAUACUUUUUGAUCCUGAUACAAAAUUGCUAAAAAAUUUUUUGCAUUACUUUUAGACAUUACUGUAAUUUAGGACAAUCUAUAAUUUUUUAUUUUUUUAUUUUGUAAAUAUAUGUAAUACACCCUUAAUAUCUUUUAUAUAUAUAUAUAUAUUUCAUUGGAAACAAAGCGAUUGUGUAUUCGAUUGUGGAAAAGUAUCAGAAAGGAAACUGCUUUAACAUUAAUAUAUUUGUACUUUGUUACGAUGCGCACUCUUAUAUCUUGUGGAAGAAAGCCGAGACAUCUACAUAAUAAAUUUCUGACAAAAGGCACCUAUGUUAUGAAAUAUAAAUUAUUUAUUGAUGAUAUUAAUUGUAGAUUUUAUUAAUUGCUGCUACAAAUAAGGAACUUUUUAUGUCUGUGCAAUUUAUGUAGAGAACCAUAUCAUGCUGCCAUGGAUGAACAUCUUGACAGUAUAUAGAUAUAUAUAUCGCAGGAAAUAGAUUUCUCAUUAAAUCAUGAAUGUGUUUAUGGAUUAUUACUAGAUAUGUAAAUUAUAAUGUUAAAAAAUUCUGAAUAAAUGUUAAUUUUUUGUUGU